UCAAGCAAAGCCGUCUCUCCUGUUACUCUACACUUUCUUUCAUUUCUUAUUUAAAACAUGGAGAAUCGUUAUCAAAUGUUUUUUCCAAUCUCUUCUUCCCCAGUAGCAGCAGAAGCACCGUAUGACCCUUUUACAGCAAACACUUUUGUACCCAAUAAUCGUCAAGCUUUCAACAAUGGGAAAUUUGUUGGGUCUGAAAGUGAUGAUCAGUUGAAAUCAUCAGCUGGUGUUGAUAAAAAGAAGGUUAGAAAGCCUAGAUUUGCUUUUCGAACAAGGAGCCCUGUGAUAUACUUGACGAUGGAUAUCGUUGGAGGAAAUAUGGCCCAAAAGCUGUUAAGAACAACAAAUUCCCAAGACCCACCAUCAUUAUCCAUAUAUCAGAUCCUUCCACAGUAAAGUAAUUAACAGUUAAAAGAGUUGGUGAAAUUGAA